GUUGGACAUGGCUCACUAACGGUUGCGUUAGCUAGCAGCUAGCGCAACCUGUUGUUGAGCUAGCCUAGCAGAAAUGGAUGCCUUAAACACACAGGCCGCUGCGGCGUCGUUUGAUGUCAUGCAAAGGGAAAUUGUGAGAAGACCAGUUUGCCGUUCGUGGAGCUCAUUGGUGUCUAUACGUUGGAGACAUUUUGGGGGAAUAUGACAAACAACGUACACAUUUGAUUGUACAACACUUGAGAGAGAAUUAGCGUUAAAGUAGCGCUCUGUUAGCCUGAGCUGCUAACGACGCUAGCAAGUGGUUCUCUUUGUGAAGGAAUAACGUACUUUUUCUUCUGACGCACUCUCUCUUUCUCUACCGUAAAGCUUUAAACAACGAGGUUAUUUCAUAGUAAAAUGGUAAAGCACUGAAACCAAACUUUUUUUUCAGCUAUUGGUUCAUAUGAGUUACCACAUUUGGCAGACUGCCUCAUAACAAUCCUCACAUAGCUAAUGUGUAUCUCAUGCAGAUGUGAAGUCAGACACUGGAGACCUCUUGCUACCCUGGACCUAGUGACAUCCUCUUCAUCCCCUUCGUCGUCGUCUUACAUGAAGAGAGGGGAGAAACCCGAAGGAUACAGACAGAUGAGACCCAAGACAUUUCCCACCAGUAACUACAGCGGCAACAGCCAACACAUGCUGCAGGAAAUACGGAACAGCCUGCGCAAUUUGUCCAAACCCUCGGAGCCUCCUAAAGUGGACAAUGGAGGUGCUGGGAAAUUGCCUCCCGAGGACCCGAGGCAACAAGGGCGCAGCACUAAUGGCAAAAACCCCCACCACAAGGCCCUGCAAGAGAUCCGCAAAUCCCUGCUGCCUUUUGCCAACGAGACCAGUACUUCAGGCUCUGAGGGGAACCAACACAUGUCGCUGGAGCUCCCCUGUGCUGGGUUUGAGGAGCAGAGUAACAGUCGCAGUAUGGGGGCUGUUAUAGACUACAUGGGUAAGGUGAGCUACCAGGACUCGGUGUGGGAACAGAUGGCUGUUGCCAACCCCAACACUACAGGUCUGAAAGCCCCAGGAUCUUCUCACAUCCAACAGGCCGUGCUGAGGAGGCCGAGCUGGAAAGGCUCGAAGGAGUCUUUGGUGCCUCGACACGGUCCGCUCAUGGUGGAUGGGAUGAUGUACCGCUCCGACAGCCCCGGACCUCCUCCUGCCUUCCCACAGGGUCACCCUGCUAACGGCCAGAGGGCCAAUCCUCCACUGCCGCCCCAGGUGCGCAGCGUCACGCCUCCACCAAACCGCGGUGCCAUGCCUCCUGCUCUGUCCUGGGACAGCAACCCGUCAACCAAGCGCUACUCUGGCAACAUGGAUUACCUUUUGCCGCGCAUCUCUCCGGUACCCCAGGGGGCCUGGGCUGAUGGGUACCAGUCGUCUGCGCCUCAAAACCAGCGUGGGAUCAGCCCAGUCCCCGUGGGCCACCAGCCCAUCAUAAUGCAAAGCUCUGGGGGGAAUAAGUUCACCUUCCCCUCCAGCUGGUCUCAGAAUGGCUCCCCUCAGCCAGACUACAUGGCAGGGGGCAGCAGACAGCCUCCUCCUCCUCCUUACCCGGUUAACCAGAGCAGCCGGCACAGUCCCACUGACCAGCAGAUGCAGUCCGGAGGACCCGCAUCCUCUCCCUCUUACAUCAAUGGUGGAAAUAUCCCUCAGUCCAUGAUGGUUCCCAGCCGGAACAGUCACAACCUCGACAUCUACAACAUGGGUCCUCCUCAGUCCUGGUCCCAGGCUCCUCUGAACCCCUCCCAGUCUUCUUCUGGCAACCAGGACCUGUCCCCGUCAUGGCAGCACAACAUAGUGCGCUCUAAUUCCUUCAACAACCACCAGCUGAACAGCAGACAAGUCCACCUAUCCAGCUCCCAGCCCUCUGCCACCACAGUCACCGCCAUCACCCAGGCUCCCAUCCUGCAGCCGGUCAAAAGCAUACGUGUCCAGAAACCCGAGUUGCACACCGCUGUUGCUCCCACUCACCCUCCAUGGAUGCAGCAGCCCGUGCCGUCUCCAGCUGCACCUGCUUACCCAGAACCGCCAGCACCCGUACCUCAGAUCCCCGUUGUUGCAGAAGCCCCCAGCUACCAGGGGCCCCCUCCGCCCUAUCCUAAGCAUCUCCUCCAACAGCAAGCAGCACCCGGCCCUCCUGCCUACGAUCUAGGGGCCAAUAAACUCGGCACGGGCAGAGAGGAGCCCGCCGAAGAGGAUGGUGGGGACGGCUCCCGAGACAAGACGGCGGAGAGCACUGCAGCGACGGAGAAGGAGAAUAAGCAAAUCACGACAUCGCCGGUUCCUGUCCGCCGCAACACGAAAGACGAAGAGCCGAGAGGGGAGUCCGGACGAAUCGCACUUUAUUCGCCCCAGGCCUUCAAGUUCUUCAUGGAGCAACACGUGGAGAAUAUCCUGAAGAACCAUCAGCAGAGGAUUCGGAGGAGGAAGCAGCUGGAAAGUGAGAUGCAAAGGGUGGGUUUGUCUUCAGAAGCUCAGGAGCAGAUGCGUAUGAUGCUGUGCCAGAAAGAGUCUAACUACAUCCGGCUAAAGCGAGCCAAGAUGGACAAAUCCAUGUUCAAGAGAAUCAAGACCCUCGGCAUCGGAGCCUUCGGUGAGGUGUGCUUGGCCAGAAAAGAGGACACGGGAGCGCUGUACGCCAUGAAGACGCUCCGCAAGAAGGACGUGCUGCUGAGGAACCAGGUGGCCCACGUCAAGGCCGAGCGGGACAUCCUGGCCGAGGCGGACAACGAGUGGGUGGUGCGUCUCUACUACUCUUUCCAAGACAAAGACAACCUGUACUUUGUCAUGGAGUACAUUCCCGGAGGGGACAUGAUGAGCCUCCUCAUCCGGCUCGGCAUCUUCAAAGAAGAGCUGGCCCAGUUCUACAUCGCGGAGCUCACCUGUGCCGUGGAGAGCGUCCACAAGAUGGGCUUCAUCCACCGGGACAUCAAGCCCGACAACAUCCUCAUAGACCGAGACGGACACAUAAAGCUGACCGACUUCGGCCUCUGCACCGGCUUCCGCUGGACGCAUGACUCCAAGUAUUACCAGAGUGGCGACCACGUGAGGCAGGACAGCAUGGACUUCAGUAAGGAGUGGGAGGACCCGAGCAACUGCCGCUGUACAGACCGCCUGAAGCCUCUGGAGAGGAGGAAGGCCCGGCAGCACCAGCGCUGCCUGGCUCAUUCACUGGUCGGUACGCCCAACUACAUAGCCCCUGAAGUGCUGCUCCGGACAGGAUACACCCAGCUCUGUGAUUGGUGGAGUGUCGGCGUCAUCUUGUAUGAAAUGGUCGUUGGACAGCCGCCCUUCUUAGCGACCACGCCCCUGGAGACACAGAUGAAGGUGAUCAACUGGAAGAGCAUGCUGCACAUUCCCCCGCCCGCCAAGCUCAGCCCCGAGGCGUCGGAUCUCAUCGUUAAGCUGUGCCGCAGCCCCGAAGACCGCCUGGGCAAGAACGGCACGGACGAAAUCAAAGCCCACCCUUUCUUCAAGGACAUCGACUUCUCCAGCGACCUGCGGCAGCAGGCGGCGCCGUACGUCCCCACCAUCGCUCACUCCACGGACACCUCCAACUUCGACCCCGUGGACCCGGAGAAAAUGUGGAGCAGCGACAGCGACGGCGAGGACAACCUCAACGACACGCUCAACGGCUGGUUCCGCAACGGCAAGCACCCCGAGCACGCCUUCUACGAGUUCACCUUCCGCCGCUUCUUCGACGACAACGGCCAUCCCUACAGCUGCCCCAAGCCCAUCGAGUACGAGGGCUACGAUGGGGACGAGGCGGACUCCGAGGGCCCGGUGAAGGAGGCUGCCGCUAGCUCAGCCCCUCGGGGCCGGGAACUGGUCUACGUGUAGUACUGGAGGCUAGCUGAGGUGUGUGAGUGAGUGAGUGAGUGAGUGUGUGAGUGAGUGAGUGGUAAUACAACGGUACAGCGUUUAAAUCCUUGCACAUAGGAAAGUAUGUUUUUAGGAGCAGCCAGAACACUCUGUAGCACAUUUGAUCAAAGCUUGUUAGUUCACACUACAAGUUCAAGGAAUCGUCAGGGGCAUUCUGGGAAAACACGCUUAUUUACUUUCUUGGCCAGUUAGAUCGAUACGAUGUAUGACGCUGCAGUGAGCUUUAUAAGGCUCUGGUAGAUUUAUUUUAUUUAUUUUUGGACAGAGACGGGCUACUUGUUUCCCCUGCUUCCAGUCUUAAAGGUAAGCUAGCCUAACCAGCUGAUAGCAGCAGUUUCAUAUUUACCAUAAAGAAAUGAGAGAGGUAUCCAUUGUCUCGUCUAAGAGGGCAAUUAAGUGAGUUUUCCCUAAAUGUUGCUGUUAAUAUUAGAAUAAACUGUACGGUGUUUGCUGCCUGAGGAACAGAAAGCUGAAAAUAAUCAGGGUGCUCUUUUUAAAAGACUUAUCGCAGACUCCCCUUUAAGCCUUAAUUUAUUUAAGCAGAUUGUACCUGGUGACGCUAGUGUAGAUGCUGUUUGAGUGUGGGAUUUUAUUAUUUUCAUGAAAUUACAUCUAGUGGUUAAAACUGUCUUAAUUUAUAUCUUAAUGUCCGUUGCAAUGGGGAUUUAGUUUUGUCUCAUAGAAGUGUUGCAGGGAUAAGUUGCUCUAAUUAUUCGUUGCUGUGCCUUUUUGUGAUUAUUUGUUUUUUAUCUUUCACCAAAUAUAAAGAGGGUUAAUAAUCAGACUUUAGAGUAGCAUCACCUGAUUGAACUACAGUAGGUUUUUUUUGUUUUAUUUUUCUAAUUUAUACUUAAAAUGUAUUUAUAAAUGAAGUUGCAUACAGUUGAUGUAAAUAUGUUUCCUGCCCUGUCAGCUGAUUGUUUCCUUAGGGCAGGCCCUCUGUAGUGUCCACUGCUGCUGCACUCUGUUAGUGUUUCCUCACAAAGUACAAACACUGACUCGCAGCGCUCUGAAUAGAUUCUUCACGCUCGUCUCUCAACCAAAGCACUAAAUAGGUUUUCACUGUUUCUGUUACAAAUACUCACGUUUAUAAGAUAAUGAUCACAAGACUGAAAUUAGUAUUUGUGGAGUUAUUACACUAGCAGCCAGAAAUGCCUUGCUUUUAGGCACCUAACCACUUCAUCCUAUUGUACUCUAUACGGUGUUGAGGAUUCCUGAGAGUAUUGAAACUCAUUUCCUGUAAAGUAAUCUUCUUAUUUACCGUUUUUAAGAAUCACUACAGCUGACUGUCAUGUGUUGAUUCAUGUCUCUGUACUGGUUUUAUUAUUUUUAGCUGGACUGAUGGACUGACUGAGCUUCCAUCACAUAUCGAGAUGAUUUUGUGAGCCGCUGUACUUCUUCUUUGUGUUUAGGAAAAGAUCUCUGAAUGUAGUUCUGGACUUAAUGGUGACCACUGGCAGUCUGCACUGGUUUUGUGAGUUUUUUUUUUUUUUUUUUUUUUUUUUUUU